CCAUCCUGGACCCUUGUGUUCCUUUACGCCUUACUCGUUGAACUCCCUCUUCGACCAUCGCCCAAUUCGAGCCUUUCGUUUUCCUUUCCUGUGUCCUUGACAUCAUUUUCGCAUUCAUCCUAGCGUUUUCUUUAUCUUUCUCUCGUUUCCUUUAAUCCAAGUCAUAUCUGUAUAAUCUAUCAUUUGCAUCUGUUAGAACAGGAUCUCUGUUUUCUUCCUUUCUCCUCCCUCGAGUUACUCCUGACCCUAUACCUACCUCCAUCUGUGCCCUGCGGACGAUAGCGAGCUCACCCCGCUGGCAUCGCAUCCUUCAGACGUCGUUACUUACGCGUCAAACCCCUUUCCAUCCGGUUAUUGGAGGAGAACACCAUGGCAGCGUUGGUACAGACAAUCCCGCAACAAAGUGGCACGGUUUCUGUGCUUCAGACUCGUCCCUCUUCUUCCUCGGGCGCCUUUACUCCCUCUCAGUCAUCACAACAGCAAAACUCUCGAAAUUCAACCAUGUCUUGGAAUUCAUACAAUACAGUCGGUGGGUCAGGGAGUUACAGGGUAGGCCACCAGGUUGUGGCACCCUAUGCAUUUACCAGCACUCCCAACCUCUCAAAUUCGACCAACAUGUCAAAUCGUCAGUCAUGGUCCCCUCACUUGAGGCCGGAGCAUCGAACAUCCUCUGCUCCGUCAGCUCCUCAACUGUCUCCAAGCCCUGCGUAUGCCGGAGUCAACUCGCGUUUUGCCAAUCAUCCUGCAGCUGGUUCUGUAUCAACAUCCUCUUCCAAUUCUUCUGUUCAAUCUUACAUGUCCAAAGACGACACCGCCAUUCCGUCGAGACAGCCGCGUGGUGGCGAACCCCCUCUCCGUCCUUUAUCCACCAUUAACCUCCCUUCUCCUCCUUCUCCUAACUUUAUGAAUAUUUCAUCUCCGACUGUUGCUCGCCCGUCGCCCGAUCGCUAUCGUCGCGGUACUCGUCGACCCGAUGGUGCAGGGGCUUCGCAGCCCGCCGUUACACCAGCCAACGCACCCGUAUCUGGCCGUCUUCCGCCAACGACGGACGAUCACCUUUCACAAUCGAGCACUGCGUCAGGAUCUAAGGGUCCAGCACAAGACACCUCCCGUAAACCCGGUCACAACCGGGCGCCCAGUGCCGAUGAUUCGUCACGGACAGAAAAACAACCGGAGCUGGCGAAGAGAUACAGGCGACGAAGCUGGGGCAAUAUGGAUAAUGCUGGUCUCAUUAAUCUACAACUUCAUCUGCCCUCGUCGUCACCAAUUCCGACAACUGGCGGCCACGAUUAUUUCGAUCCAAGCCAUCGGCCAAAUUCGGCGCAGUCCAACAGGGACGCUUCGGGAAGCAACCAUUCCCCCAAUUCCUCAACCUCUUCUGUUCGUGAUACGGGACAUACGGAAUCUGCUGCGUCGUCGUCUAACAAAGUGGUUGCUAAACCGGAGGACACCAAACGAGCUACAAAACCCUCCCCAUUAUCGCAACCUGUUACUCAAGAUGCCACCCCUGGGAAUGCAACAACGACAAAACCGGAGUCUAAGGAGAAACGGGUUCCAACCGAGAGUAUUGCGACGCAACGGCUGGCUGAAAUUACAAACAAUGAUUUCAAGAGACCCGGUAAAUCUCGGUUGAGAAGGGCUUUCUCUUUCGGAAGCGCAUCGGAACUUCUCAAGGCCUCUGCUGCUCAGAGUAGCGCAAACAAGAGGGAGGCUAUUGCUGCAGAGAAAGCUCGGAGAGAACUGCUCAAGCAGGAACUGGGCCCCGAGCAGGCGGCUAUUGCUGAACAACAAGAAGCCAGUGGCCUUGGCGAAAGUAUCUACUCUCACCACCAAGGCCGCUUCUUUAACAGCUCUACAGACAAUUUGUCUGUGUCUUCUACAGCAUCAUCCGCUUCAAUCAUGCUCCGGAAGAUGGGUAAGGGGAUGAAACGGUCGACGAGGUCCCUCGUUGGGUUAUUCCGCCCCAAGUCAAUCGUGAGCACGGCAUCCAAUGACGGCGUUAUCGUCGAACCGAUGGCACCUCAAUUAUCCGUGGUCAACGUCGAAGCGGAACGGAAAGGCGUAGCUGCGAAUCCGGACCCGCAAGAUGUUCCUCGUGGCGGGACAGUGUUUCCCAAGGUGGAACCUAAGUCCCAAAGUCCAUCGGCUGCGGAAGAUAGCGCUGCAGAUAAUUCUCAAAUGCGUAAGAGCAUUGUGGGAGGUGAUAGGGAGCGGGCAGAGGUUCUAGCUGCAGUAAGGAAGGGUAUCCUCAAAAAAACCUCCGAAGCAGCAAAUUCCACACCCAAUAAGCAGGCCGAGCGUCAUUUGACUACGAGCAGGAGCGAUUCACCUCACUCUAGUGCUCCCAGUACUCCUGAGGACCAAACACGGUCGGACAACCGACGUUCUGACGCAGUGCGGAUCGCUGGUGAGGAUGAUUUCUUACCAGAAGGGCGGUUCCUUGAUUCCAAGGGAGCUUCCAUUGCACCGGCGGCUCCUAAAAGUCUCGUCUUCAGUCCCCGCAUCCAAUUCCAUGAUACAUGGCCAAGCGGCGAGUAUGAUCGUCGUGGGGACAUCGCCACCUGUAACCGACUGACCCCUCUCCUUGCCCAACAAAUCAAAGAGGAGCUGAACAAUUUCAAAAUGGAGAUGGAAGUUCACGAGACCUCGAAGAUUUAUACCCACUUCCUCUAAUCCGCUGCAUUCCGAACGGCGUUAUUUUUUUUUCUUUUUCUUUUUUUCUUUUCCCCCUCUGCCUAUCCUGCAUGACGUUUGUGUCAUUACUCUCUGGACGGCUGUUGGAUCUCUGAAUGGCGUGGUUAUCCAACAUUGGUGUGUUGACUCGUAGACCUGCUUUUCUUAGAGCAACAUUUGGGUUGCGUCUUCAGUUCUUCUACCUGUGGACUUCGAGAACGCCCUUUUGACCCUUAUUGCCG